AUGUGGGAGAUUGAAAGAAGUGUGCGAUUGUAUGGUAUUAAAGAGGAUAUUGAGCUUGGGGAGAGCCUUGUACAACCUUGUGGAAUUUACACAGCACACACCUGUGACUUUCUGUAUUUUGAAAGACAUAAUGUUCAUCCUGUAGCAACCUCUGGUUCUACGGUGUGUGUUGGGGAUGGCUACAUGUACUUGUUUGGUGGCCAUGCACGGCUUGGUAAUGUCAAUAACCUAUACCGACUGGAUCUGAACAACUUAGAAUGGGAGAAAAUUGUACCUCAGAGUGAGAAUGCAAAUGAGCUGCCAAGUCCGAGAGACAAAGCAGUAUCAUGGUAUCAUCAUAGAAAAUUUUAUACAUUUGGAGGUUUUGGAGUGCAUUUGAAAGGAUACAUUGGUGAUACCAAGUCAUUUUUUCAAGAUGAAAUUCCAGAGAAUAGAGGAUGGAACAACCAGCUGUGUGUUUUUGACUUUACCACAAUGCAGUGGAGUGUACCGGAUACUAUGGGUCCAACUCCAUCUGCUCGGGCUGCACAUACAGCAGUGAGGUUUGGCAGUAAGGUGUACAUCUUUGGAGGAAGGCAUUCAAAUAUCCGGUUAAAUGACGUCCAUUGUCUGGAUCUGAAUUCUCUGGCCUGGAGUGGCAGUAUAUGUACUCACGGACCGCAGCCUGAGGGUAGAUCCUGGCACACAGCCACAGCCCUGCCCUACAACAGAAUGUUCGUGUAUGGAGGAUUCACUACUGGUUGCCAGCCCUUAAGUGAUUCCUGGAUUUUGGACACAAACACUCUCAAUUGGACCCAGCUGACCCAUUUCCCGGCUGACCGUAGUCGUCUGUGGCACACGGCGUGCGUAACCCAAGAUCAGGACGUGUUGAUAUAUGGAGGGUGUGAAAAGAACAUACUAGACUAUGACAAUAUAUGUGUGUGGGCUCCUUUUGCUCAUAUAAAUGGGAUCUGUCUGUCUUUUCGCCUAGUAUUUACGCGACGCUUUGGAAUUCUUGCUCGGUCCCUCACACUUCCGGUUUGCGCAAAUUUCCGGGCCGAGGAAAAAAUCAGUCUCCCACGAACUCGUGUAGCUUUGGGAUUUGGAGGAUGCGAAGACUUGAUCGUAGAUGGAAUGUCAUUCUUUGAAAAGUUUAACUUAGAAGCCCCGGAACAGCCAAAACAUCAUGACUUUGUAGCGAAUAGGGACGAACUGUCUCAGUUAUUUGGAUACUUUUUUCAGCAUGGUGCUGCUGCAGAGAGAUUUGUCAGUAAUAACACACUGUUUAAGGAACUGACAGACACAGCAUUUGCCAUGUCUGAUCACAAGUCCAUUUUGGGAGGCAAUGCUCCAGUGAUGGCAAGGAGAAUGGCUAAUGAGGGAGCAGAGGUGCUGCUGGGGGCAAGGUUCACCAAGGAACUCCGAGAAAGUCUGCCUGAGGCUGUGAAAGUUGUUGGAGAUGAUUUGGAUGUGAAUGAUAUUCAUCUGCUUAUGGAAUAUAAAUCUGGAGACAAAUGGGGCAGAUUUACCUCUCCCAGGGCUAAUAGGUUGAUUGUGCACAGUGAUGAGAGUAACCCAUACAUAGAGACUUUAGAGGGCUUUGAAGCUGAGAUCAAAAAGUUUAAACCAGCAGCCCUAGUUGUUGGAGGACUGCAGAUGUUGGAUAACUUCCCUUUUGAAGAAGGAGAAAGAAUGCAAAGGCUGUUAAAACUCAAGAACCUACUUGCAUCAACACCAAAGAAAACAAGUAUUCAUUUUGAGAUGGCAUCAUUCACAGAUGAAGAAUUACUUAAGGAAAUCAAAGACAAUGUGGUUUUAUAUUCUGACUCCUUAGGGAUGAAUGAACAAGAGUUACCAAACUUGGUGAGUAUUCUUACUAAGGGGAAGGUAACUCUGGUAGCAGAUGCAUAUCCCAGAAUUGCCUCAGUGCUGGACCAAAUGAGACAUGUUUACGACCUGCUCAGUAAUACCGAGGAAGUCGAUGGCAAGAGAAAAUUGACCAGGAUCCAUGUCCAUACUCUGGCAUACCAAGCUAUUCUGACCAAGAAAGGCAGCCAAUGGAAGAACACUAUGCAUGCCACGGCCAAAGCCUCACUGACCGCCUUCAGACAUGUCUGUGACUCUAAGUACAUCGACACCCAAAAAGCACGACUCAUCAUGGAUGACUCUUUCUCCACCAGCACCAUGCAGUCGGCUCAGCGGAUACCCCUGGAGGUGAACCGCCCUGUGUCCUGUUGGGAGGAGAGAGACUAUCAGAUUUGUUUGGCCCCAGGGCUGGUGUGCACCAAGGUGGUUCAAACUGGAGGGGGUGGGGACAACAUCUCCUCGGCAGGUUUAUUGGUCCAAGUAGAUUAAGAUCAGUAGAUUUCAAUGAAUAAGUCUGAUAAUUUAUGGAAAGAUAUGAUGAAGGGUAACCUAUCUCAUUCCUAUUUAAGUACUGUUAGGGCAAAUAAUAAGUUUUACCAGGAGUUAUGAAGUAAUGUUUUGUCAAGUUUAAAGACAUCAUAGAAACACAAGUACCUGUAUUGAGUAAUGAUGAAUGAUGGCUAGAUUUUAUGAAGGAAAUGUUUUAUUUAUCUUAAAGAUAUGAUAUUUCAAAUUUCAUAAAAUAGGGGCAGGUAUAGGGACAUCUUUAGAUCUAUGGCUAACUCAUGAUAAUAUACAAUAUCAUAAUGAGAAAUUAUAUUUAUUUUUGGAUGCAUUGUCUCUUCUUGAUAUUGAGGGAAUUUAACAUUAGCAGGUGAUUAGUUGAGUAUAGAUCCUUCAAUGGAGAAGUUUAACACUUCAUUUUUUACACAUUUAGCAAACGUCAUUCAGAUGGAAAGUGGGUUUUAUGUGUAUGUGUGUGUGAAAAUACUUUUCAUUUAGUAUAAAUUGACUUCCCCAAAUAUAUAAGGCAACUGUGAUUUUGUAAUUUAUUGUUUUUCAAUGUAAAAAUAUUUUUGAGAAGAUCAAGUGGAUCCCAAACAUUCCUAAAACAGUUUUAUUCCAUUACCAUACAACAUGUUUUACAGAUUAUGUUUGGUAACAGCGCUUCAUAUAUUGCUAAAUUCCAAUGUAUUCAGUUCAUUUGGGAAUAUAGUUAAUUCAAGAGGCAUUUUAAUAUGCAAGUGUAAAUGUCAAUUUUAUCAUAUAUAAGCAUAGAACAUGUUUCAUUUAAACCACAAGAGGAAGAGCAAGAUGUCUCCUAGAAAAAAAAUAUCGUAACCUGUAGGUUUUUAAAAAUAAAAUUACACUUUUUUCUUCAUUUUAUAGUGUUUCUGAUAUGGAGCAAUAUUGUUUUCAAAGUAUUCAGCAGACUUAGAUUGAUGUCUUUAUUUCCCCUGUAACCUUGUAGAUAAUAGUUUUAUACAAUAUAUGUGUUCUAUACCUCUUUAUGAAUAUGAUAAAAACAUCUAGUUUAAUAGGCAUAUUCACAUUGUUUAGCAUUGUAUAGAGUACAUUUUAUAACCUUAAUUAAAGGUUACAGAGGGAUGAAAUGCUAUAAAAUAGAAAAUAUAUCAAUUAUCUUCAUGUAUGUUUGUGUUUCCUUUGUGUGUCAUUUAUUGAUUAAUUCGUGAUUUCUCAGACAAUGUACAUUUCGAUGAAUUAAAGCAUAAUAUAUAAAGCACAAUCUUUCCUUUAAUGAGAACCUCCUGUGAUAAUCAUUGCUAUGAUCUAUUAAGGUUUUAUAUACAUUGUAUGUUGUAUGUUUUGUUGAAAUAUGGUGCCAUCUUGAAAAUUCUAUUUCAUUUUUUUUUUCAUCCAUUAAUUCAAUUUUGUAAUCUAUGAAAGUGCAAAGCAGAUGACUUUUUUUCUUAUCAUAUUUAUUAUAUACAGAGAAUUUGUGCUGUUUGUGGAAUAAAUGUUGUAAUGUUUCCAGCAUGUGGUUCAACUGGAGUGAGAUUUAUACAGAUCUCAAAGCUGUCCCAUAAAAAUUCAUUUAUUUCCAUAUAGAUUUGAUACAGAAUUUUAAAUGAUUUUCUCAAAUGCUAUGUUAUAAUCACUUUUACCUGUAGAUUGUUUACUGAUAUAUAUAUCUAUAAAUAAAUGUUAUGUAUAA